AUGAAUACCAACAGAUUAAAUGAAGAAGUUUCUACUAAACGAUGUCUUAAAUUGAAAAGAGAAGCUGCAGCACAUCGAAGAGUAAAUCAAACAACCAAGCUAACAGAAAGAUGUAAACAACAGUGUAUAGAAUCACGUGUUCAUAUAUCAAUGCUUACUCAGAUAGCUGUCUCAAAAGCUCAGAUAUGUCCUUUUGAUUUAAUUCUAGCUUUUACUUCUAUGGAAGCAAAAAUUAAUAAAAAUAUUACUGGAACAAGGAGCAUUUAUACUUUUUGUAUACAUGGAGAAAUAUAUCAUCAGAUUGGAUCACUUCUUUCUCAACCUGCUACUGCUUCACUUGAAUUUGCACAGAUCUAUAUUUUUGAUACAGACCACGAAACACAAAAUAGACAUAGUCUUAUAUUCUUUUUAGAUAUAACUACUCUAACAGUCUUACAACAAACUCCUUCUCAAAAUUUAUCAAUGGUAAUUAAAGACUCUAGGACAACUGAUCCGCAUCAUUACAAUAUUCCAAAUGCAUCUGAAAUUGUAGCUAUUAUAGUAGAUAAUGAAAGUGAUGAGACUACUAUACACAAUCGUGAUAUUGUACUUCAUUCAUGUUCAGAGAAUCUGAUCCACAUUUCUGAGCUGCACAGAGCAUAUGCUCCAUUAUACUAUGUUCUUCUUUUUUCUAGAGAUAUUGAGGAGUUACAGGAUUUAAAUGAAAUUAGUAAUAGUAAUAAUCAAACACAUGAUAAUGAAUGUUUAGGUAAAGUAAUAGAAUGUGGAGCCAUCACCAAAACUACAUUAACUGCAUGGUUUGAAGCUAACCAAAAGUUUUCAGAGGCACAUCAACUUACUUAUGCGAGUGAAUGCUACUAUCUUCGAAUGCUGUUGAAUAUAGUACAUAGUGCAACUUCCUUUGAAAAUCUUUGGAACGUUAAUGAAGUUGAUUAUGAUACAUUUAAAGAUGCCUGUGAAGCCUUAGGCUUACUUCAUAAUGACAGAGAAUGA